AUGUAACGCAGUGUAUUCUUGCGUGUUUCGCGUACAUCACUGUUCUUGCGAGAGUAUGAAGUGGCGAGUGAAGUGUGAGAGCAAUAUCAAAAAAAUGUAUCUUCCGCUAGGCUCGAGUCUGAUAUCGUGUAUCGUGUUCGUCGAUUCUCACGCUUGAACGGGCGAGUCGCCGGUCUGCCGGUCAGCGGGGGGAGGGGGGAAUUUCGACGAUCAUACGUAUCACGAGAUAGAGCCCUUGAUGCCCGUAACCGCCGAUCGUAGAUUAAAGUAGACUCGACGAUACCACCAAAGUCAUCGGAUCCCAUCGACCGAGUUCCACGACCACAACGCGACAAGCUCGUUUCGUUUUUCACUGAUUGUAUUUAUAGUGAACGCACUCUACUUGUCUUUAUAUGCGACUUAAUUCGAGGAAAUGUGUGUCUCUCCAUCGAUUAACGACGUGUCCUAAUCGUAAGUGUAGUUCGCCCGCAAUGAGUGAGCAACAGAAUGGUGGAAUUGUAAUGAACAUAGCUACUCAUAUGUGUGUAUAUAAUAUACACACACACAUUAUAACCUAAUCAUUUGUACCUGUUAAUGUGGUGGCGGACGUGGAUCUUCCUAGUUAAAAUUAUAUUUGAUACGUUACAUUUGAAAUAAAAAUUAUAAGAAAAGAAAUUCAAAAUGGAAUCAGCUGUAGCUGGUCGAAGGCGAACUUCUACAAGGCAUUCUGCAGAAGAUCAAGCGCUUGAUCAAAUAGCUAAAGAGGCAGAAGCAAGAUUGGCUGCUAGGAGACAAGCAAGAGCAGAAGCUAGAGAAAUACGAAUGCGUGAAUUAGAGAGACAACAAAAAGAGGCAGAGGAGAAUGCCGAUAGGGUUUAUGAUAUAUGCUCAGCUGAUGUAAACAGAACUAUGAGAGUAACUCCAGAUCCAGUACGUACAUCGCGACUUCUUACAAAUUCCAAUAAUUUUCAAUCGAGUCGUAGAUCUUCAGAAGAUUCGUUGGAAGAUGCAGGAUUAACCAGAGAUAUUAGGCUGGAAUUAAAGGAAUUUGAAGAAAAAUUCAGAAAAGCAAUGAUAGCUAAUGCUCAGCUAGACAAUGAAAAAUCAUCUUAUGCUUAUCAAGUUGAUUUAUUAAAAGAUAAAUUCGAAGAAUUAGAGGAAAUUACUGCGCAAUUACGUAGAGAAUUGAGAGAGAAGAAUCGAGAUGUUGAACAAUUAAAACGGGUUAGUCAAAGAUUAAAAGAAGAUUUUGAUAUUUGCAGAGAACAGCUACUAGAAAGAGAUACACUUAUACAAGAAAACGGUUUAGUCAUUGUUGACAAUAAGGAAAAUGAGGAUGAGGACAAUGAAAAUAUUGAAAAUGGAUUAUGUCAUAAAAAAAGAGUACUAGUCAGUACAGAAGCUGCAGAAUUAUUAGAAACGGCUGGUAAAGGUUCACUAGAUAUUCGAUUAAGAAAGUUUGCUUCUGAAAAGAAGGAAUUGCAAGAUGAAAUUCGUCAUUUAAGAUUGGAAUUAGAAGAAACUAGGAAUCGCAUGAGACCCGAAAAAUCAUCUGGUUCAAUAUUAGGUUGUUUAUCAGAUAAUGAAGACAUUCAACGUGAAGCAAAUAAAUUAUUAGCUGAUUAUAAAUUUAAAUUACAAAAAGCAGAACAAGAUAUGUCUACACUGCAGGCGACAGUAGCUAGAUUAGAAAGUCAAGUAAUUCGUUAUAAAUCAGCUGCGGAAGCAUCUGAAAAAGCAGAAGAUGAGCUAAAAGUAGAAAAAAGAAAGUUACAAAGAGAAGUAAGAGAAACACAAAGUCGUGUAGAGGAAUUGGAAACAGCAAAUUCCCAUUUACAAAGGAGAUUAGAUAAACUUAAAAACGCUAAAUCGGCUCUUUUAAAAGAGCUUUGACAAAUUGAUGUUUGCAGAGAUGUUCAAUAAGUCUGUUAUACUUAUACUUUGAACAAAUCGUGAUCUGAUGUUGCCUCCAUAUUAAUACCAUUUAACAUUUUGAAUAUAAUUUACAAAGGCAAAGAUUACGUAUUACCAUUGUAACACUUUACACUGUAGCGAGCGUCAUUCAGACAUAAAAAUUAUUGUGAAAAAUAUCCCUACCUCUUUAUAUUUACCAAGUCUUUGAUACUAACUUAUUCUUGCAUUAUUCUUUAAUAUAAUAAAGCUUUUUAAUGCAUUUUAUAUUAAAUUUUUCCAUGCAUUUAUAAACAGUUAUAAAAAUUUAACACUUGAUACUUUUAUGUAAAUAGAAAGUAAUAAAAUUUAUUCGUUUUUGCCUUGUUGCAAUAAGUUUGUAUGUGAAAAUUAUUUUAAAUUACUAAUAUUUAUUUUUUUAAAGCAUAAAUAUAUAUAUAUAUAUUAUGAUGAACACAAUUAAACGUCAAAUAUUUUUGCCAUAUUAAAUUUAAUAGCAUAGAAUAUUUCAGUUUAUUUAUUCUUGUGAUAUAAAUAUAUCCUUGUGAUAAAGGCAUAAUAAAUAUUUUAAUAGUACUAUUAAUCAAAUUGCAGAAUUGAAUAUGGAUUAAAAAUAUGAUAUUUUACAAUUAAAUUGUCCCCAGAACUAACUUUUGUAACAAAAUAUUCGUACAUUUUUAUUCGGCAAUCUAAUGUAAAAUAAUAUACAUGUAUAAUAAUGUAAUCUUUAUACACAUUUAAAAUAAUUUAUAAAUAUAUAUUGUUGAAAUGUUAAUACACAUACAUUUUCUACAAUACAAAAUAAGAACUUAUUGAAUGAUAAUACUUUUAAUCCUAGAAUAUAGUAAACUUUUUUUUUAUUUA